CUUUCCCGAAAAUUUUCAAUAACAGCUCAAGAAGACGCACUUAGAAAAAAAAAAAAAAAAAGGGAGGGGGGACUCUGCUUUGCAGGUUGAAUUUGAAAUUCCGUUACUCCUCGAGAAGCUUUAACGGUAGUGUUUAGUGCGGGAUUCAAUGGCGGAGCCGUCGCAUGGUCCGGCGAGCUUCUGGACUCAGGCCAAUGCUUUGCUCCGCAAGAACUUGACUUUCCAGAAACGGAAUAUCAAGACCAAUAUCCGGCUCAUUUCUUUUCCAUUUGUCCUCUGUUUACUCCUUGUUCUCCUCCAAAGUUUGGUCAACCAUGAACUGAACAAGGCGUCCAAUAAGUGUGGCUGUAAAUGUAUUGAUACGAAUGGAGAUGGACACUGUGAGAAGGUUUGUGGGAUUCAGUACUCCACCAUUGAUCAAGUGGGAACCUGUCCGAUACUAAAUCCUCCUGAAUGGCCUCCCCUGUUACAAAUACCGGCUCCCCAAUAUCGUGCAGUGAAGACGGACUUUAUUCCAUUUAAUGACUUGCCUAAUGAUUCCUGCAGAAGGACAGGGUCUUGUCCUGCUACCAUACUUUUUACAGGAAAUAACCAAUCUCUUGGAGAAAUUUUGGUGGGGAAUAUGGUACCAACUUCUUCUCCUCUGAAUUCUUCUGACGUUUUAGGCAGCUUAGCCCAGAAUGUUGCGGGUUCUGCUUCCUGGCCCAACUUGUACAACUAUCUUGAGCCUGCUUUUUUCUCUGACAAACCUGUUUAUGAAGUUCAAAAGCAGUGCACAGGAAACUCUUCAUUUUCUGUUGCUAUUCAGGAACCCCCCAUAACAUUUCAACAGGAUGUAAGUUGUGCCCAAGGUUUACGUUUGUGGAGAAAUAGUUCGUCAGCAGUAAAUGAUGAGCUAUACAAGGGCUAUCGGAAAGGGAACCCAGAACGGCAAAUUAAUGAAAUAGUUGCAGGGUAUGAUUUCCUUAAUACAAAUUCCAAUAACUUCAAUGUGAGCAUAUGGUAUAACUCAACCUAUAAGAAUGAUACAGGAAAUGCUCCUAUAUCAUUGGUGCGUGUUGCACGAUCUGUGAAUCUGGCAUCCAAUGCGUACAUUCAGUUUUUGCUGGGGCCAGCAACAAAAAUGCUGUUUGAGUUUGUCAAAGAAAUGCCUCAACCUGAAACUGACGUGAGGCUGGACUUGUCUUCUCUUCUUGGCACACUUUUCUUUACAUGGGUUAUCAUCCAACUAUUCCCUGUUAUAUUGACAGCUCUGGUCUAUGAGAAACAGCAGAAGCUGAGAAUUAUGAUGAAAAUGCAUGGGCUUGGUGAUGCACCAUAUUGGUUGAUUUCCUAUGCUUAUUUCUUUUGCAUAUCUUCAAUCUACAUGCUGUGCUUUGUGAUUUUUGGCUCAGUCAUCGGUUUAAAAUUUUUCACAUUGAAUGACUACAGUAUCCAGCUUGUCUUUUAUUUCAUCUACAUAAACUUGCAAAUAUCUCUGGCUUUUCUGGUGGCGGCAUUUUUCUCCAAUGUGAAGACUGCUACAGUGGUGGGUUAUAUUUGUGUCUUCGGAACUGGUCUAUUGGGAGCUUUCCUUUUCGAAUUCUUCGUCCAAGAUACGUCUUUCCCAAGAGGUUGGAUUAUUGUAAUGGAAUUAUAUCCUGGCUUCUCACUGUACCGUGGGUUGUACGAGUUUGCACAAUAUUCCUUCACAGGAGAUUCUAUGGGGACUCAUGGCAUGCGUUGGGGUGAUUUAAAUGAUAGCAAAAAUGGGAUGAAAGAGGUUCUGAUUAUCAUGUUUGUCGAGUGGUUGGUGGUCCUUUUUGUAGCCUACUAUAUAGAUCAAGUCACGUCAUCUGUAAGUGGAAAAACUCCUAAGUUUCUCUUUGAAAGAUUCCGAAAGAAGCAUCCAUCUUCUUUCCGGAGGCCUAGCUUGCGAAGGCAAGAAUCUAAAGUCUUUGUUCAGAUGGAGAAGCCUGAUGUCAGUCAGGAGAGGGAGAAGGUUGAGCAGUUGCUGCUAGAACCAAGCACAAAUCAUGCUAUUGUCUGUGACAAUCUCAAAAAGGUGUAUCCAGGAAGGGAUGGAAAUCCUGAGAAAUUUGCGGUUAGAGGGUUGUCUCUUGCUUUGCCACCAGGGGAAUGCUUUGGCAUGCUUGGUCCAAAUGGAGCAGGCAAAACCUCUUUCAUCAGUAUGAUGAUCGGCCUUACAAAACCAACCUCUGGAGCAGCCUAUGUUCAGGGGCUCGAUAUACGGACUCAUAUGGACGGCAUAUAUACCAGCAUGGGUGUAUGCCCCCAACAUGACCUGCUCUGGGAAACCUUAACGGGGCGGGAGCACCUGCUAUUCUAUGGAAGACUAAAAAAUCUCAAGGGUUCUGCGUUGAAACAAGCAGUGGAGGAAUCUCUCAAGAGUGUCAACUUAUAUUACGGUGGUGUUGCUGACAAACAAGCUGGAAAAUACAGUGGAGGUAUGAAGAGGAGGCUGAGUGUUGCCAUUUCACUGAUUGGAGAUCCCAAAGUUGUUUACAUGGAUGAACCAAGUACAGGGUUGGAUCCAGCUUCAAGAAACAACUUAUGGAAUGUUGUGAAGCGUGCAAAGCAAGACCGUGCUAUCAUUCUGACCACUCAUUCAAUGGAAGAGGCAGAAGUACUGUGUGAUCGAUUGGGAAUAUUUGUUGAUGGAAGUAUGCAGUGUAUAGGGAACCCAAAAGAGCUGAAGGCUCGAUAUGGAGGUUCUUACGUGUUCACGAUGACAACAUCAUCCACUUAUGAGGAAGAAGUGCAGAACAUGGUGCAGGGUCUCUCUCCAGGUGCUAAGAGAAUAUAUCAAAUCUCUGGAACUCAAAAGUUUGAACUGCCGAAGCAUGAGGUCAAGAUCGCAGACGUAUUCCAGGCGGUUGAGAAUGCAAAGAGCAGGUUCACAGUUCAUGCUUGGGGAUUAGCAGACACGACCUUGGAGGAUGUCUUCAUUAAGGUUGCUCGCGGCACGCAGGCAUUCAACGUGCUGUCAUGAUUGUUAGAGAUAUAAAUUCUGACUUGAUCAGAAUGCUACACAGGAUUUUUCUUGCCCCUUUUCGUCGUUUUGUAGCUAUAGUCGCAUCAUUUCUCUACAACUACAAUAUGCACCAUCUGGCCAGGAUGCUUCUCAACUGGCAUACAGAUUAGCCCGCAUUUAGAAAGUUUCCAUGUUCCGUAUAUGUAUCAAUUACAGUCUUUUCUUUUGUAUAAUUGUUACCUCCCUAAUGAAUGAAAUUUUUCU